AGUGUGAAAUGCUGAUAGCACAGCUGCUUGGGAUUUCAUGCUUCUUAAGGAAAAGCUGUUAAAGCCCAAUGCCUCACAGCACUAAUUGUAAAGGCAAACUUUACAGGAUCAUAGAAUGGCCUGGAUUGAAAAGGACCUCAAAGACCAUCCAGUUUCAACCCCCUGCCACAGGUAAACCAAUUUGCCAACCACCAGGCUGCCCAGAGCCACAUCCAGCCUGGCCUUGGGGCAAUAGUUGCGGCAUGACAAAGCUGCUGUUCCAAAGGAGUGUGAGGACAGAGUUGAGGUGGUGACGUGAGACAGCGUGGUCUGAAGUUGUGAGUGGUGUGGGCCACCAGAAGUGAUGCUUAAUGUGUUUACCUGCACUUUUUUUUCCUGCUGAAAAAGGAAGCUGACAGUGGGAGCGUAGAGAGGAGAUGGGGCAGGAGAGCUGACGGCCUUUAUUCUGCUGCAUUUGGCAGCUGAGAAACUUCCCAAAGCUGCUGCUGCCAUAUCUGCUGCUCGAUGUGGCGCAGUGACGGCGCGAUGUGACGUUGCCCAGCAUGGGCAGGGAGCGUCCCUCCAACAAGUGCCUCGGCUCUGACCGUGCUGCAGACUGCAAGCCCCUCUUUUCAAGCGACUGAUACUGACACAGAAAGGUUCACUGGAGAAGGAAGCAGCUGUGCCUGGUGUGCAGGGGUUCUGCCUGCCUGCAGCCCCUGGGAGCAAAGUGCUCGGCCCUGCGGAGCCUGGUUCUGGGCUGGAAAUAGUCAUGGCCUGAUUUCAGCAGGUGCAUUUGUCUCAGGCUGCGUUUCCACGUGUUUGUUUUAUGUACGUGCCUCAUGUUUGGCUGCCACAGGAGGGGAGCUGUGACGGGUCAUCCUGCUGCUUGUGGGAGUGUGGCCCUGCUGCCGGGGCUCACUGCGCUGCCGUGUGUUUGGUGCUGAGCAGCUCCGUGUUGAGGCGCUGCUGUGGGCACUUGAAGUGUGAGCCCUUGCUUUGCUUUGAGGGCUGCUUGGAAAUAGAAAGGCGGGGGUUGGAAUUUAACCUGGAAAGUACAAACCCUCUUAAAAGAGGAAUGGGUGCAGAGCAGUGCUGCGGAGGCAGCGGAUCUGUUCUGCGUUGGAAGCUGACGUCCGCGUGGCUUUGAGGCUCCGUUCCCCUGCUGCACCUCCGUGUUCUGCAGCUCAAGCUUUAGAAUCAUUGGAUGUUGAAAUUAGUACAGCUGUAUUUAGAGCAAAGGAAAGCAGGUGAUUGUAACCCAUGAAAAUAGGGUAAAGCUCUCUCCUAAGAGAAGCUAAGCGUAUGAAAACAGUUGUAACAGAGGUGUGUGAAGUGCAACUCUUGCUGAACUGCUGCUUUCCUCGCGCUCUGAAUUUCUUCAGCAACAGCAUUUAUUUCUUUUUUAAGAGAGCUUUUUCCCUCUGUUAGGCAGCCUGCUGUCCUGGAGCAGCACAGAUUGUGCCACAGAUCCACAGUCCUGCGGGGGCUUCCAAGGCUCUGUCUUCAUGACCCAGGGAAUCUGGGUUCAGACGCGGCUGUGCCGAGCAGGAAGCGCAGUGCUGCACCCACCCCGACCUCAGUCUGCCCCUCACAUCACCAGAACAAACAUCUCUGUUAGUUUUGCCUUGCUUUCCAUCUCGCUCUGUGCUUGGAGCACAGCCAUAUUGAGGCCGAGGUGCUGAUCCGGGCGCUGCCGACCCCAGCUGCCAGGAGGGAUCCAUGAGCAGACAACCUUGGAUAUGGACAUCGUCCUGUCGGAUUUUGUUCGCUCGACAGGGGCAGAGCCAGGGCUGGCCAGAGACCUGCUGGAAGGUAAAAACUGGGAUCUGAGCGCAGCACUGAGUGACUUUGAGCAGCUACGGCAGGUGCACGCAGGGAAUUUGCCACACUCCUUCAACGAGGGCCGCAGCUACAAACCCCCAGAGAAGGAGGCAGCCCGGCCCGGGCGACCACCGCUGCAGCGGCAGGAUGACAUUGUGCAGGAAAAGCGCCUGUCUCGAGGCAUUUCCCACGCCAGCUCCACCAUUGUCUCCCUGGCCCGCUCCCAUGUCUCCAGCAACGGCAGCAGUGAGCACCUGCUAGAGAUGCCCAUCUCCACCUUCCAGCUUCCCGACCUCACGGUGUACACAGAGGAGUUCCGCAGCUUCAUCGAGCGAGACCUCAUCGAGCAGUCAAUGCUGGUGGCACUGGAGCAGGCUGGUCGUCUGAACUGGUGGGCGAACGUGGAUCCCAGCUGCCAGAGGCUGCUUCCCCUGGCCACCACGGGUGAUGGGAACUGCCUGCUCCAUGCUGCGUCCCUGGGUAUGUGGGGUUUCCACGAUAGAGAUCUCGUGCUUCGCAAAUCCCUUUAUGCCUUAAUGGAUAAAGGUGUGGAAAGGGAAGCCCUGAAGCGGCGCUGGCGUUGGCAGCAGACGCAGCAGAACAAGGAGUCCGGUCUGGUUUACACCGAGGAGGAGUGGCAGAAGGAGUGGAAUGAGCUGAUCAAGUUGGCCUCCAGCGAACCUCGCGUGCACUACGGCACCAACGGAGGCGGCUGCGGAGGUGUUGAAAGCUCCGAGGAACCCGUGUAUGAGAGCCUGGAGGAGUUCCACGUUUUUGUGCUUGCCCAUGUGUUGAAAAGGCCCAUCGUGGUGGUGGCAGACACGAUGCUGCGAGACUCAGGGGGAGAAGCCUUUGCCCCUAUUCCCUUUGGAGGUAUCUACCUUCCCCUGGAAGUUCCAGCCAACAAAUGCCACCGCUCUCCGUUGGUACUGGCAUACGACCAAGCCCAUUUCUCUGCCCUGGUAUCCAUGGAGCAGAAGGAGUCCACGAAGGAUCAAGCUGUGAUCCCCCUGACGGACUCUGAGCAUAAGCUGCUCCCCGUGCACUUUGCAGUGGAUCCUGGGAAGGACUGGCAGUGGGGAAAGGAUGACGGUGACAACGUCAAGCUGGCCAGCGUGACGCUCUCGUUGGAAGCAAAGCUGCACUUGCUGCACAGCUACAUGAAUGUUAAAUGGAUCACGUUGCCUUGUGACAUGCAGGCGCCUUUGGCCCAGCCGGAAUCCCCCACAGCCUCAGCAGGGGACGAUGCCCGUUCAGCUGCGGAGUCGGGAGAGUCAGACAAGGAGUCGGUCUGCAGCAGCUCAGCAAGCAACGGGGGCAGCAGGGGCUGCAAGGACAAAGAGAAACCAAAGAAAGACCGAGAAAAGGACAAGGAAAAGGAUAAGAAACGGGCCGACUCGGUUGCCAAUAAGCUGGGCAGCUUUGGCAAGACUUUGGGAAGUAAGCUAAAAAAGAACAUGGGUGGGUUGAUGCACAGCAAAACUAUCAAGGGAGGUGUGAGCAACGGGCAGGGGGACACCCUGGAGAAGAAGAAAAAGGGAUCCUUGAAGACGAGGAAAGGCAGCAAGGAGGAAUCCUCCCAGGGAGACCUUUCGGUUCCUGGGGAGAAAAGCUGCGUGGGUAAAGCAGCCUCCGAGAAGCCCUCGGACCCCUACAAGUACAGCAACGACGUGCGGCUGAGCCUCAGCAUCCUGCGCGCUGCCAUGCAGGGCGAGCGCAAGUUCAUCUUCGCCGGCCACCUGAAGACCGGCCACCGGCACCAGUACCAGGAGGAGAUGAUCCAGCAGUACCUCCUGGAUGCUGAGGAGCGCUUCCUGGCCGAGCAGAAGCAAAAGGAGGCGGAGAAGAAGGCGCUGGGGAGCGCCGCCCCUGCCAAGAAGCUAGAGGUGGAGGUGAGGGGCGAGGAAGCCCUGCACGGCCCCGUGUACCCACAGCCCCCCCCGGCCUAUGCCAUCCACACCCCGGAUUUGGCCAUCGGCGCUAAAAUGGCCGCGUUUCCCUCCAGCUACUCAGGCGUCUUCACCUUCCCCAGGCCCUCCGUGGUCGGCGGCGGUGCAGAAGGCUCGCACCCCCCCAGCUACCACGAGGGUCGGCGGCAGGUGGCGGGGGGCUCCUGCAGCGGCCUCCCCCCCUACGCCACCCUGCCCCGGCACUGCGCUCAGGCGCGGCCGCAGCCUUCCCACGUGGGGAGGUUCUCCCCCACGGACACGGACGUUCAGCCCAGCUUCCCCACGGAGUGCGACGCCCCUGCCUGCGUUCCCCCCCAGCACAGCAACGGUUACCGGGAGUACGUGGAGCAGGACGGCCCGCAGAAGGGAGCAUCCGUGGACAAGACGAGAGGCAGGGUUCUUUAUGGCGUUCAGCAGACCAAAUGCAAGCAGCCAAACUGCAGCUUUUACGGGCACCCAGAAACCGGGAAUUUCUGCUCCUGCUGUUACAAAGAGGAGCUGAAACGUAAAGAGCGCGAGGCGCUGGUGCACAGGUUCUGAGCGCUGCCAGGGCCGGACCUGCAGCACGUGAGGAAUGCAAUAAUGUGUGGUUUGUCCCCGCGCUGCUCCUCUCGCUGGCUGGAAGGAGGGAGGGGGCUGACAGCGGCGUUCAGCUCUGCGCUGCGGAGGAGAUGCGGGCGAGGGGCUGAGGGGAGCGGUGCCUCCCUGCAGAGACUCGGGCAGAGGGGCUCAUCCUGCCUGGAUGGGGUCGGCGCAGGGGCGAGCUCAGGUGGGAGCUGGGGGCGGAAGGGGGGUCCAGCGAUCCGUAUCCCAGACCAAAGCUUUCAGCUGGACCCCGACGGCGCCCCGCUCCAAUAGUGCUUCCCAGAACGGAGCAGGACGCCCCACGAUCCCAGUGAGGAAGUCGCAGACCUUUCAACAGAGAGAUUUUUGUUGUUUUUUUUUUUUUAACACUUUAUUAUUAUUUUUUUUCCUGGUACUGAGAGAAACGUCGUUGGAACGGGACGUUGUCGUUUUGUUUCGGUGGGACCGAGCCCGUCGGAUGUCUCAGCGCCUUCAGCUCCAUGGGGGCUCUGCCCUCCCCCCCUUCGGGCUCGGCUCUGGUUUUUAAAUACUGUUUUUAAGCUCUUCAGGAGGGCGGGAGGGGGACCGAGGGUUGGUCUCAGCGCUGAGCGGUGAUGAGUUUCCCUGCAGCAGAGCCGUUCUGUUGGCGGUACAGAGAUGACAGAAGGUGGGUCGGUGCCCCCACCAGCAAAACCUCCGGCGUGGAGCAGGAGAGAGGACAGAGCCCUGCAGCACGGGAGGUAACGCCGCGCCGCCCUUAGCUUCCAGCCCCACGUGGAUACGCGCGAUAACUUUCUACUUGAGCAAGCUACUUCCAUACUACCUCUGUUCUGCUGAAUAGAAUUAACUCGGCUCCAUUUUGCUGAGCCACGUAACUGACCUUUAGGCUGAGUAAUACGAGAGAUAUUUUUGAUAACAGGGCUAAAGAGCGAGGCGUAAGGAAGGCGAACCCGUAACUGCGUCACUCACAGCCACGCGGCCGCGGCGCUCCCCGCUCGGCCCUGCGGUCGCCGGCGUUCACGUCUCGCAGGGGGGGCUGUGAUUCAGCACUGCGAUGUUUGCACAGAUAUAUUUUUUGUUGUUUUUGUAAUUAGGGAUCCCAAACCGGGCUCCAUCCUCGGCCCAGUCCUGUAUAGAGCGAGGUUCAGCAUUUUACCACGUGGAAAUAAAAGAUGAGUUCUGCCGAUAACUCAAAAGCUUUACAACAUUCCCUUGUUGUUGUUUCUCAGAAGGCACCCAACUAUGCAAUCCCUCCUCGUGCUGCUGCGGGGAGAACCGGGCAAGUGUGCUUACCUGGAGCAUCGCCCACAGCCUUACAGCUCGUGGUUCUGACAGCAGAUUCUGCCCAUUUCAUGUCUGAAACCCCACAGAAUUUAGGGCCUUUCCCCCCUGGAGGCGGCUGGCUGCACCGUGUUGCUGUGCUGCAGGGCGCCCCGGGCUCAGCUGGCUGUAAAUAGCAGAGUUCUUUCACCGGUUUCACUCACUGAAGUUGGUUUUGGUUUUCCUACCGCUGCUGAUCUGAGUGCAGGGCGGCCGUGAGCCAUCGCAGGUAACAGCGGGGUCUCAUGCAGGGGGCUCAGCUCCCGGCCCAUGGGAACGGCACAGGUCAGUGCAGGGGGCUGCUGGGCUCCCAUUGCAGCGUGAAGCUCUGCGCUCCCUGCCCCAACCGUGGGCAGUGCAGGACAGGGGGGAAGGCAGAUCCCACUGCUGCCCCAUGGCCACGGUUUGGGGGAAGCAUCUCCAUUUCAGAGCCUCCCACAGUGGGCUGAGCUUUGGGCUCUGGGUUCGGCGCCGCUCCGUGUUUGCUGAUAGCAAAGUGCUGUGAGGGGAGAAGCGUAGGAGAGCAGCGGUUGGAUGGACGCCUGCAACCACGUCGGCUUAUGGAGGAAACAAACCGACCCUAUGGCUGCGGAGCUGCUGGUGCGGCUCCCAGCAGAAAACCAUCUCCUACCCCACGUGGAGCUGCUGCCGCUGCUUCUCCUCCUGAGGGCUUUGGGGGAGAAAAGGGCUUUUGGAGGAGUGCUGCGUCCCUGCAGUGUUCCUGGGGGAGAGGAGAAAGGGGGUCUGAGGGCUGCGACCCCCCUGCUGGGCCGUGGGUGCAGUUUCCCAUUGUGGGGUUUUUGCAGGCGCAGCAGUGGGGCAGCAGCUUCCCCGCCUGCUCUGCUGUGGGUGGUGGGGUUUGUAGCUUUUUUACACACAAAACUGGGGAGGAAAAACAAACCAACAAACAAAGCUUUAGGCAAAAUGAGGUUUCCAGUGUAGUGAGCGGCAGGGUAUUUUUUUCUAUGAAGCGGGGACCCUAAGCAUCGCCGGCCCUCACAGCUGCACCCGAGGGCGAUGGCUGCAUUUCUUCGGGAUUUUUUCAGGUCCUUUUUGUUUCCUUUAUGGUGAAACGGCAAUUGCAUUUCAUUUUAAAGGGAUCCCUCAAUACAAAUCCUAUUUACUGCAAAGAUCUUCACCAUCCACUGCUUCCUUCCCGGGGCCGCGCUGCAGCCCAGCUCAGGUGCCCGUCUUUAUGAGCAGGGCUGAAGGGAGAGCAGCUCACCUCCAACGCGCCUCUCCUGGGGGAAAGCACCAAGCUGCUUCCUGGGAUGGGGACGGGGCGGCCGCCGCGAUGCCCAGGGCUUCAGGUGCACUUCUUGGGGUGGUGGGAGGAGUGCUGGGUGCCCCCCGCUUUGUCCCACCUGCAGGCUGAGCCCCAGUUCGGCCCCGCGCGUCCAUGGCUGGGUUGGAGGCUGCGGCACAAGAGGUGACCUGAAUGAAUUCCGCAGAUCUGGACAAAACGCUUUUCUUUUCCAAUUUCUAUUGCAAUUAUGGGGUUGGUGACCUUCCCCCCUCCCCCUCCCUUCACCCCCCUCCCCAAAACAAGCUGUACCAGCACUGGAUGGCGCGUUGUAUCGGGCUGUACCCCCUCCUUCUGCUUCCAUGGCCUCACUGACAAUAAACGCUCUUCCUCACGCCCGCCUCGUUCCUGCGCCGUGGGCUGAGCC